AUGGGCCGCUUCCUGAAACAUUCGGAUGUGCAGACAGUGCUGCUCCCUGCGCUUGGCUUGCCUCACAUUGACCUAGCCUAUAAUGCACAUACUUUCGAAGAUGCAGAGGUUAUUGCAGAUGAAGAUGUGGAUGCAGUGGAUGAUGUGGAUGCUGUUGUUUUGGAAUCGGUGAAUUCUGCCCUCGACAACGACAACCAUGCCCCAGCACGUGCAUCCUCGAGUGCCGCAUUGUCUUCGUUGCCUUCAAACGUGUCCAUCGGGUCCAUCGAGUCAAUCACAAUCGAUGAUGGUGAGGGCAUUGGUAAGGAUGACAAUCCCAUGCAUGGCGGGUCGGCUGGCGGGGGAUCGACGGGAUUCCCGAACAGGGGUGGCUUUGACCCUGGCAACCAGCUCGUUGCUGUUCCUGAAAAUGAAGAGAGCUCGCAGUUGGUUGUGCAGAAUGCAUCGCGAUGGCACAGUGGCAAGAUUAGCCGAGACCAAUUGGUGUCGUUAUCGCAGCAAGACUACCUGGGUAUGACACAUGCUCGUGCGGCUGUUGUUGGAGCUCAGGCAUCAGCAGCAUUGUUGAAGGUGUCGAACCUGCUCGUAGCCGCGAACAAACAGAAGCGGUCAGCUAUCAAAGUUGCGGGCUUGCAAAAAUCUCGAUCAGCUAAGAAGUUGGAGGACGUGCAACGUGCCAAGGAGACCGACUCCUCCCUUGUGCUGAGCACCAAGCCUUCAGGGAAAAGGUUGACAGCACAGGCCACACUGGCAUUGGGAAUCCGUCGCAACAUUGCACAUGUGGCAGCUGCAGACUUCGGUGCUCUUUUGAUGCAAGACCUCAGCGGUUCAACUGUCUUGCGUGCAGAGGUUAGAACAGGUGCGGCUUUGGUGGCCAGCAUGAGAGACCAUGUGAGCACCGCCAUGUCCCUGCUUCGAGAAUCCAGCGAGUUUGAUGCAGGCAUUGAUGUUGGUGCAGACGGUGAAAACUUGAGGGAUAUUGCUUAUGUUGCAGGGCGUUGGCACCUGUUGUUCAUCAGUGUUCGAGCAGACGCCACGAAUUCCUCUAUCUGGCGAAGGGAAAAGCUGCAUGUCACGGAAGCCGAGAUCGGGUUGGUACAAUCUUCAGUGAAAGAUUUUCCGAAGUCCUGCGACGAAUUCCUGAAUGUUAGAAGGUGUCUGCAGGGUCCCCAGAACACCGGCAUCAUGAUCAGGUUCGUGAAUCGGCUGCGAGCCUUAACCUUAGCAGGGGCUGGGCUGGGGCUGGGUGUGCAAGUCACGUAUUUCUACAUUAUGUCAGAUUUGCAAGUUGUUUCUGGCUGCACUGCAGAGCAUUGUGCUGGCAUUCUGCAGAAGCAGCUGAAUUCCAUCGGAGUGCCAUCGGUGUCCGACAUUGUUGCAGAGCUUGAUAGGGAGAAGCUGGACUGCUAUUGCCUGCUUGCUUUUGCAGAGUUCGUGAAGAUUCGAGACAAAGGCCAUCCAAUCAGUAGGGAUUCCUCACUGAGCACUAGCCCUUCGAUCAUUGUGUACCUCGACACAACCGACCGGGGCUCCGACCAGCUUGCUAGGAGGAAGAGAACGGCUUCACAUGUCGAGACACUGUCUCAAGUCAUCUAUAUUCCUUCGGACUGCUAUCUCCAUGUCUUUCAUGCUGCUGUUCGCGGGGGUCUGGAACUUGUGGAUCAACUCAUUGGGGAGACCUUCAGUGUGGAAACAUUGAAGGGCUUUACAGGUUACUAUGCCAGUCUUGCUAAAUUAGUAAACCUGUGGCGUGAAAAGGCUGCUGACAUGAUGCAAGCCUGGGACGACCAGCAUGGGCAGUCAGCAGACUCAAAAAUCCAGGACAUGGGCAGACGAUACCCGCUAUCUGUCUCGUCGGGGCGGUGGGGGUCUGUGGAAACGGCCGAAGAAUUUUUCCUAGAGCGGGGCCGAUCACUGGUGGAGCCGUGCAUGCUGCAAGUGCUGUCCCGGAGCAUGAAGGCAGACCGCGAGUCCGUUCCUGCGACAGGGGACGGAAAAGACGAGGGCACAAUUGAGGAAGACGAGGCAGACAGCAAGGCGGCUUAUAGACAUUUCAUGCUGUUCGUACAGAAGGGAGCUCGCGACGGUCAGUGCAUGUUCAACCUUGUGACGGGGAAGCUGGAACAGAUCACGAAAGAGUUUCAAGUGCUCUUUGAAAAUUUGCCUGGGAUAGUUUCCCAAGCAAUGUCUUUGUCUGGCUGUUUGCGAAGUGAAGGUGGCCUGUCUGACUCUGAUGUUGUGCACAUGAGAUACAUUGCCCUUCGCAUUCUGCUGAUGCACUGGGCUGCAUUCCGCAGACGCAUCAUACGGCCCCUGGAACAGUUCCCAUGGAAAUUGUUUUGGCUGAUCAAGGCAGCCCCCAAACAGUUCUCGCAAAAACGCAAAGAUGUCGCACGUGAGCUCUUGGGAUCGCAGGCGGAACAACUUGAUCCCUCUACACGGAAACUCCGGAUCCUGUGCGACCGGGAGCUUCGACACAUGGCAGAGAACGGGACGUUUUCCGAUGUGACCUCGGAGUCGGGAAGUUUUUUGUAUGCUUUCUUGAAAUCACUCGCCCGAAUGCAGCCAGUUGAUACACAGGCCAUAGAGGGGAUCAAUAGUGUGAUCAAGUUGGUUGGCCGACGAUGCCCGAACAUUUCCCUGGAGCUCUUAUCUGCUCGAUUGGCCAUCAAACGAGCCUUGAGCGAGGACGGGAGUAUGCGUCGCAGCAAGAAAUGGUCGAAGAUCCGAAGCUCCGCCGAAGGUCUCUUAAGAACCAUUCUGGGCUACAACACUGCCGCAUUGGCCAUCUUGAGUUGCAGGUCCCGCUGGUCUGUGCCACUACCCGUAGAGUGCAGGCAACAGGGGGAGGGCGGUGCUGUUAUACUGACAAUCUCGGAUGUGCAAGCCGUGAAGUCGACUAGAACUGAUGUGUCUUCGUUGAGUUUGCCUGCAUUGCCUGCCGUUGCUUCCAUUGCAGACCCGCCAUGUCUUCAAACUCCCGAGGGGUCGGACGGAGUGCAACCAGAGAGCGAGGUUGGGCGAAACACUCCACAGUCACAGGCAGAGUUCUUCCGCACCAUGACCACACCGGAUGCCAUCGCUUGGGCGAAAUCAUACAACUUGGGAUGGAGGCGGGCCACCGCUGCCGUAUCUGGAAACCGCAAGAAGAAAAACAAGACCACACAGGACACGGAAGCUUCUACCGCUCAAUCUCAAUCCCCACGUGGCAUGCUGCUGGCAGUUUUCCAGAGCAGCGGCACCGACAAGGAUGUACUGCAUCAGGUCCGAGACACACUUGUCUAUGCCGUGGCCGAGAAGUUCUCUGUCAGUGCCAUGUUCACAAGGAUCGAUGUCAUGCAACAGGAAGGCGGGCAUUGCCUCAGGUGGAACUACCAGGAGCACAAUUGCAUAGAGUCCACUUUGCUGAUGACCACCUUCUAUGCAGAGUGUUUCGACCUUGGCAAACCUGUCAAUGUCGGCUAUGUUGUGUUAUCGCCGGAUCAAGCACAAAGGAUUAUGACGGGGACGGUGCAGGGAGGAGAUGUGGUUCGGGUGGAGUCUGUUCUGGAGAACCUGAAACCUUGUUUUGUGAUGACACAAGAUGAGCUGCCUCGCCCGGGUCCCUCAAGUGCGAAACCAUCUAGCCGUCGCGGCCAGAAGAGAGCAAAGGCCAAAGCCACACGAGGCAAGGCGAAGGGGAGAGCCAAAAGCAAGGCGAAGUCGUCAUCUGCCUCGGCGAAACGGCAACAUCAGGAGCUGGAAGAUGGAAGUGAGCAUGGAACUGAGGGAUCGGAUGUGGCACCAGAUGCCUUAGACAGGUACUUGCAGGAUGAUCGCAAUCUGUUAGAUGAGGAAGAAUACCAGUCCGACUCAGAUGUUAGCCUUUUUGCCGAAGACACUGCAGCAGACUUGCCUGCUGCUGAGAUAAAGAAAGCAACCGUGGCAGCAGGUGCAGCAGGUCCGUCGAAAGCAGCAGGUAUUCCAUCCUCAGACAUGGUACGAGAAACAGCAGAGCGACUUGGUGCACAGGCCCAGCUGACCCCCGGUGACCUGGAAGAAGAAGCGCUUCUUUUGUUGGUGAGGCGGGCCAUGUCGCAGCAAAACAAGUCCUUGGCAGCAGGCUCUGCCCGUGGGAGGCCAGAUCAUUUGCUGGAAACAGGUGGUCGGGGAGACCCUGUGUUUCAGAGUGCCCUCCGAGACAUCGCAGAAGAAGAACAAAUCCCCAGUAAUAAUUCCGAGACGGAGUCAGAAGCAGACUUUGAUGAGGCAGACGAUUCAUUCCGGGCCAGGGUUGCUACUUUGGUGGACGAAUUUGGCGGUGCUGCUAGUCGUGGUGAGGUGCCUGGGCAGGUGUUUGCUAAAUGGGCAGCUUCAUGCUCGCAGAUGCUACUUGCUUGUAAAGAAUUCUCCAACGUGAAGGAAUUCGAGCCAGGCCGAGAUCGCAGCAUAAGCCUCGUGAUGCUUCGGGGACAGGAUCCAGUUCCUGGUUGCAAAUGUGUUCGAUGCAAGUUCAGCGAUAGCUCCCAAGAGAUCAUGUGGGCUCACUGGGUGUACAACACUGCAAGCAAGCGUCCCUUGGCACGGCGUAUCGGCAGGCAGGUUCUCCUGGACGAUGAACACAAGGUUGUUUUCUCCACACCGGACUCAAGCAUGGCUCGCACAGGUGUAAGCUCGGGCAUGGGAUUUCCUGAACUCUGCCUGGAUGCAGACCAUGCUGAUGUGCUUCUGCCAUACGUGGGUGCUUGCGUGAAGAAGCUGAAGAAAAACGAUCCUUACAGAGACAAGGUGCCAUCGCAUUUCCGACGAUUGAAAUCCCUUUGCGAUGUCAUGGCUUCCAACAUUGCUUCCCAUGAUGCCAAGCAGACUUCUGCAUCGCUGGCGACGGAGGAGUAA